AUGCCAUACGAUGAUCGAUCACUACCUCCAACAACUCAUGGUGAUGGAGAGGGAAGGUUCGUGCAUGGUACCUCUAGUCAAGGUACCAAAGAAGGAAGGACACACCCACUUGUCGUCUAUGCAGAUCGUGAAAGGCCUAAAGAAAGGAGAGUCGACGUUCCUGGCUACCAUUGCAAGUUAGGGAGAAGACAAUGGUACUAUGGAGUCCUUGCCACCAAUCAUAGAGAAGACCUAUUUGAUAGACUUGGGCAGGCCAAAUACUUCACUAAGAUGGAUAUCCGGAAAGGUUACUACCAAGUGCGCAUUGCUGAGGGGGACGAGUCGAAGACAGCAUGGGAGACCCGAUAUGGAGAAUACAAGUGGUUGUAUAUAGGAGGAGCACGUGGAUCACUUGAGGAAAGUCUUCUAAGUUUUACGGAGAACCAGAUCUAUGUCAAGCGGGAGAAAUGCGAGUUUCCCAACACGAGUUUCAUCAGUGGCUACUCCGCUAAAGACGCUCCGCUGACCGAAUUGUUAAAGAAAAAUAAGCCGUGGGUUUGGAUCGAGGAGUACCAAAGAGUGUUCGAAUGUCUCAAGGCCGCAAUGACGGAAGAGCCGGUCUUGAUGCUGCCCAACUUCUCCAAGACAUUCAAAGUACAUAUGGAUGCAUCAGACUUUGCCAUUGAGGGAGUCUUAAUGCAGGAUAGACACCCAAUAGCAUUCGAAAGCUGUAAGUUAAAUGAUACUGAACGGCGUUACACGCUACUUCAGUCACAAAAGAAUAUCACCCCGAAGCAAUCUAGAUGGCAAGACUUUCUGACGGAGUUCGACUACAUCUUGGAACACAAGCCAGGAAGAGGCAACGUCGUGGCCGACGCACUAGGUAGGAAUGCCGAACUUGCUGCCAUCACUAUAGAUCACUGUGACAUUCAGUAUGGAAUCAAGAAUGGCAUGCAACACGAUUUAGAGGCCAAGAAGCUGAUGGAAUUGGCUGCCCAAGGCAAAACCAGAUGCUUUUGGGUAGAAGAUGGCCUUUUGCUCACUACCGGUCGAAGGGUCUAA